GGAUGUGGGAUGGAAGGGAUGGGAGGAGUGGAAUUAUAUGCUAUGCUGUGCUAUGCUGUGCUGUAGCCUGUGCUCUUUGGACUUGGACUUGGACGUGGUAUUUCGCCUUGGCUGUAAUGGCUGUAAUGGCUACAUGGCUGCGAUGGCUGUGAACAUGAUGUGCUCGAUGUAUGCGAACUCGUUUUUUUCUCUUCGACGCAAGACAGGACGGGUUGGGAAGGUUUGGGAACUUACGAAGGGUGGAUGGACGGAGGAGGGAGCGCCGAGGGAGUGCCGAGGUGCAUGGACUGUCGAGAGCUACAUAACUAGGCGGAAGCGGGGUGGUGGUUUGCUUUUUCCGCACAGGUUAUCACUGGGGAUGUAGGUAUGUGGUCCGGCUUUUCGGGAGUUGCGGCGGGAUCCGCACCGAUGAGCGGGACGGGAUCUUUGGUAGACCUCUUCUCCAGCGGUGGAAUCGUCAUGGGCAACGCGGAAACGACCACUCUGGCCGUAGCGAGGAGUAGAGUCACUACGGUGGUGGCCAGGCGUGGAGUAGGAGGAUGCUCAGAUCCAUGGUCUCCAUCUCUCUGCUAGAUAUGGUACCAUACCGCG